AUGACUGCCAUCGCUGUUAACGAUGUCUCGUAUGGAUAUAAAACACAAUCCAUUUUAAGCCAUAUUUAUGCGCGAAUUCCUGAACACAAGAUCUAUGGACUGUUGGGUCCGAGCGGUGCGGGAAAGACAACUCUUUUGCGUCUAAUAUUGGGUCGACUAAAGGCUGAGAGCGGCUCUAUUAGAGUGUUUGACUCUCAACCCGGUGUCCAGAAUCCCGUCACUGGGUAUAUGCCUCAGGACACAGCUCUUUGCCUCUCAUUUACUGUCAGUCAAACACUUAUAUAUUUUGCUAACAUAUAUCGCAUGUCUAGCAAUAAAUUCAAUGAAAGAAGAGGAUUGUUAUCAUCAAUACUACAACUUCCGGAAGAGAAUCAAUUAAUAUCGCAACUAUCGGGUGGUCAACAAAAGCGAGUGUCUCUCGCUCUGGCAUUUUUAAACAAUCCUAAACUUGUGAUAUUAGAUGAGCCGACUGUGGGUACAGACCCUCUGCUUGGGAACAGUAUUUGGAAAUAUUUGCACAAUUGUUGCGCUGAAGGCGUGAGUGUUGUAAUAGUAACCCAUUAUAUAGAAGAGGCGGCUUUGGCUCAUACGGUGGGCAUUAUGAGGAACGGCACUCUUCUCGAAGAGGGAUCUCCUAAUGAUCUGCUUCUUAAGUAUAGGGAAACCAAUUUAGAAAAUGUU